UUAUCUUCUUCAGGGAUUGUCCAGCGCUUCCACUCUCAAUGAUGUGUGUUGGGAUCGUGCCGAUAACUGAAAAAUUUCUCCCGGGAAGUAGUUACGAAAGUCAGGAAAUUGUUGAAAUUCACAUUUCAUGUGACUGCAACUAAUUAUUCGAGGGAGAUUUCGGUUUCCAUAUGAGUUUCUGAUUGUCUUCGGGUGUUGCUGCGGGAACACUAGAUUGGCAUUUGCAAACGGAGCUAUAAAAGGUAUACAUUAUGUUUAUUAGAGAUAACGGUGAAUUAUUAGAUGACCACGAAUGGGAGAAUAAUAAUGUAUAUGAGACAAAAUGCCUUUGACUCCGAGGAUACGUCAAAGAACAUUUGAACCGCAGUUUGGAGAGUAAACGUUUGGGAGAUAACUUUCUUUUGCUCUUAUAAAUGCAGCCAACGGCGACCGUGAGGUGUCUAAUCCACGUGACUUGAGGAUUUUAUCCUACAGGAGUUAAAUGGUUCUGAUAACGGACAGCAGAGAUGGUGGAGGCUCAUCUCCCAGAAAAGUUAAACACUCUAAAAGUGUUGGUAAUGUCGCCCAAAUCUGUCCCACUAUCGUGGAGGAAGCACCUGAUCGCGCGGACGACGAUAAUUAUGACGAGUAUCUCGGCUUGUGCGGACCGUAUGAUGAUGAAGACUUCGAGGAGUUGGAGGACUUCUCAGAACUGCCGGAUACCAGAAGUAUCGUCUCGGAUGAUUCCUUUUAUCCACCGGACGAUGACUUUGCUGACUCCGAGAGGACACCCUCACCGGAGAUCCCCGCGCCGCUGUCGUUUUAUCAAGCGUGUUGCAAUAACAACGCGCUUAAAGUGAAACUCAUGAUUAGACAAGGUGUAACGGAGCAGGAGGUUCACGAGACUGACAGAAACAAGAGAACUGGACUAAUAGUGGCGUGUUACCAAGGGUACGUGGACGUGGUGAUUGCGCUCUCCCAGUGUCCUCACUUGGAUGUAAACUGGCAGGACAACGAGGGCAAUACAGCCCUCAUCACCGCCUCACAGGCAGGUCACAUCACAAUCUCUAACUACCUACUCAACUACUUUCCCGGGCUUGACAUCGAGAAGAAGAACUGCCAUGGUUUCACUGCUCUGAUGAAAGCUGCUAUGCAGGGUCGAGUGGAAUGUGUCAAAGCCCUGAUGCUGGCAGGAGCUGAUCUAGAGGCCAGAGACAAUGGAAGGAAGUUCACCGCACGAGAGUGGGCCAUCUUCACAAGCCGCUAUGAGACUGCCUUUGUCAUGAUACGGUUGAUGCAGCAGCCAUGUCCUGAGCAGUUCUGCGACAACUAUCGGCCGGAGUGGCCCCUUCUGCCUGUGCUGGUGGCCAAAGCCCAGUCACCUAAAGGAUGCAUUCAGAGGAUUUCAGAGACACUACGCAACUUCUUUGACAUCAGUAAUGUCACUGAAGCUUCAGAAGAUGGGGUUCUGGAUCACAUGGUGCGCAUGACAACUGCACCGGGGAGUCCGUUUGUUGCAACAGCAUGUCGGACAGUGUGUCCCGGCAGCCCGCCCUGUGUUGGAAAACGGCGUUAUGCUGUUCAGGAGAUACUGAAAAAGCAACGAGUCCAGCACCUGAAAAUACUGGGGCCCGAGCGCCUCGAGAACUACAAACGUCUUUUCCAGAACUCUCGUGUCUUGUUGGUGCCAAAACCCAAAGAUCGUCGAGCUAGUCUGCAGCCCCAGGCCCUAUCAGAUGGCUCCUCCCUAGCCCUCCGUAGGGGAAGUCUGCUCCCUUUACACCUGCUGAGAAGAAGCAGCGUAAGACCAGGUCUGGUGGUGCCCAAGGUGAGAAUUUCCAAGGCACCUACGCCCAAUUACGUGCCGGAGAAAGUGCGGCGGAAAAGCAGCUCUAUAGAUGGCCAGUUCCUCCAGAUUCCCAAGUGGAGAUAUAAAGAACUUAAGGAAGAGCGAAAAAGAGCAGAGGCAGAGGAGAGGAAAAGACUGGAGGCCAUAACGAAAAGACAGCUCUCUACUGGCAAAAGGAAAUAACUGGGACUAUUGUAGUGUGUGCAAACAUACUAGUACUCAUUUUAUACUUGAAAUACAAUUUUGAAAAUGGACAUUGCUUAUUUAUAUAAUUAUUGUUUUAAAAGAAAAAAAGAUGACUGCUUUUUUUUUUGUAAUGACAAAUGCUUCUGUCCUAAAGGUUAAGCUUUUACAAUGGGGUAAACCAAAUGGUUUGAAGUAAAAACCUUUAACCCCCCUGUAGGGGACUGAGCAUCAGCAAACUAGCCAACCACGAAGCUCUAAGAUGAGCUAAAAUGGGUACACUACAAAAAUGAGAUAUUAUGUGUUUACAUCCCAUAAAAAAGGGUUGCUGAUGGCAACAUUACAUUGUUUAGAGAGAUAUUUAAGGCUAGCAUUGUUUCAGAAUUAUCACUAGCAUCAUGAAUGUAUUUAGCAAAUAUAAAUGUACAGUACCUCAUUUUUUUAAAACUAUUUUUCUGCACAUUAAAGUAGUUGGAUGGUGUUUUGAGAGUAGCAAUACCUGUAUUUGCACAUAUUUCAGAGACCAAUGAGAGAGCUAGACAAUCACCAUCAAACAAUGAAAGCAAGAACGAAACAUAGAUAAUUGUUACAGAGAACAAGAACACAGAGGAACUGAUAAGGUUUGAUAUUUUGUAUAAGUAUAUUUUUUAAAAAGGCAUUUAUGCAACUAAAGCACUCAUGACUUGUAUAUCUAUAUUCUGAAACUCUUAAGUCUUCAAAAAAAGAAUGAAUUAUCUUUUGCCAGGGUGUUGCUUUUUCUGCCACUAGACCAAAAUAUAUAUAAAUACAUAAACAGUGUCUGAUCACUGCAAUGCAGGACAGAUUUUAACCAAAAAACAAUCAUUAGACAACAAAAAUUAUAUGCAUUAUGAAUAUCUUAGUAAUAAUAAUAGAAGUAUGAUAAUUAAUAUUAUUACUAUAUUUAUUAUUAUUAAUAAUAACAGUUAUUAUUAUAUAACAGUGCAACUUUUAAGCUUAAAUGUUGUUCUGUGUUUCUCAAUAGAGAGGGAAUGGUGGUAUUUAUCGGUAACCAAUAACAGAUUAAGAACAAAGGUUUUAAAAUCUGUAAUAACUAUAAAUACACAUAUAUUGCCUUUCAAAAGUUGGGGGUCACGGACACAUUUUUAUGAUUUAUUUUUCACAUUUUAUAAUAAUACUAAAAUCAUCAAAACUAUGGAAUAACAGAAAUGGAACUAUGGGAGUUAUGUUCCCAUAUGUAAUUAAAAUCCAAAAUAAAUCAAAACUGUUAUUUUAGCAUCUUCAUAGUAGUCACUCUUUGCCUAGAAUUUGCAGACAUGUACUCUUGACAUUUUCUCAACCAACUUCUUGAGGUAUCACCCUGGGAUGCUUUUUAAACAGUAUUGAAGUUCUUUAUUUCUUUAUUAUUACAAGUCAUCCAUUUCAAAAAUGUAAAAAAAAAUAAAAAUAAUUAAAAUUAGAUUUUUUUUUAGUUAUGAAAUAAAUUAAUAAGUUGGCACAAUUAUAUUUUUGUCAACAAAACUAAUUUCAAAUAUUUAAGCAUAUGCCUUCAGAUCAAAAAAUGUUUAAGAUCAUUUUCAGAACAUUUCAGUCAAGUGACCCCAAACUUUUGAACAGCAGUUCAUAUAUAUAUAUAUAUAUAUAUAUAUAUAUGCUACCACACCAUGCUAUUUCUGUAAGUCAUUGUACUGAGCACAUAUCAUUAAAUCUCAAGUAAAAUAACAGAAUGGACUGUAUGCAGGAUAAUGAAAAGUCUUUUAAUUAAAGAACGUGCAGUGAUAUAUCUGUUUGAAACAUCUUCUCACUGAUCAUUAUAUCCUCUCAAUAGCACCACUGUGCCAGUGUCCAACACUUAGAAAUACAAAAACACACACAUUCUGGACUGUUGAUUUUAUAUGAAGGUCAUGAUCAAUGCUGACCAAAAGUCAGGUCGCCCUCUUAUCUUAAACAAAUAUAAAACUCUGUUUGCACUAUUGUAAUAAGUAACAAACCAAAACUGAUUACUAGAAAUGCAUGUAUCUCAUUAUACCUAUGGAAUAAAACUGUUUUAUAAUACUGUACGGUGACUAUAAGUGUGACUUUGCAUUUUUUAAUCUUUCUAGAGCAGUACUUGUAAAACUAAAGGUAAAGGAUAGGCCUUAUUAAGCUAUUAGAAAUACUGAGGUCACUGGUUCUGACUGACUUUGAGGGACUUAUUGGUCUUGCAAGGUCAGCAUUUCUCUCAGGACAACACAAAAUGCAUUAAGGGCAAUUAAUCGCCCUCUACUGGAAAACAAGAGCACUGUUCUGUGAAUUGUGGCAGGGAUAUCCUCAAAAGACAUAUAGACUAAGAGGGCUUGAAUGUCAGAUGGACCUCCAGGUUUGGUCACUCUGAACCGGCUUCAAAGCCAGUCACUGUGAAUUCCAGAUACCAUAGAGUGGAGUACAACCUUGACCUGAAAUACAGCAUUUUGUAAGUUUAACUGCCACUCAAACUUUUGAGGUUCACCUUUUCUGAGGGGGAACAGCAGGUUUGGCCAGCUGGUGUGCUAAUGGCAUGUAUGGCCUAUAUGCAGAAUUCUUGCUGCUUUGGGCCCUGAAUAUGUUGUGGGAACAACCUGAAGCCUGCUGCAGCUGGCAUCACUUAUCAACACCUGAGCAGAACACAAAGUUAACCUGGAGGGACAAAACCAAGAAAGGGAGGGAGAUAGGAAAGGAGCUAGAGAAGGGGAGAUAAAGAAAGAGGAAAGAGAGAGAAUGGGGCAAAUCCUGUGUGGCAUUACGCUUGGUGGCUCAAAGCUGCAUAGGCUAAGACAGAGUCAGGGAGCGGAGCAGAGCAGAGGAAUCUGACAAGCUAUGCCACACUCUACUCCACAGAGCAAGAAAACUAGGCCAUGGGCUUACACAAAAUGUUCCUGUUGAGCUGAGUGAACCAAGUGAUAUACUUACACGUGGGUCAACUACAGAAAAAAUAUUUUGACUUGUCUCUCAGUUUGUAAAAUAAGAAGCAACAUUUAUUUUAUUUUUUUUACAGUAAUGCACUAACAAUUAAAGUCUAUGGGGUAAGGCAUAGCACUGGGAUAAAUGUUAAAAUACACACCAUUUUGAAGGCCUCGCCACAUAACAUCAUCAUUAUACAUGUUAACAUGAGACUAGUACUAAAAAAAUGCUUACUAACAUUGUCUGGGUAAAGUUAUAUCCAAUUUUUCAACUUUACAGCAUAAAUGAAUAUUCAGGGUUCAGAAAUCUGUUACAUUAAAGCACUUACAAUGGAAGUGAAUGGGGCCAAAUUUUAAAAGGGUUUUAAAGGCAGAAAUGUGAAGCUUAUAUUAUAAUUUUAUAAAAGCACUUAUAUUAAUUCUUCUGUUAAAAUGUGUGUACUUUGUGCAUUUAGAUUACAUCUUGCGGCAAUACUUUUCAAAAAGUGUGUAUUUCAACGUAUUUUAACUUUCCUAAGGAAGAAAUAAAAUGCAUUUUGACAGGAAAAGUACAUAUAGUCAAAUUUUAGCUCAGCGAUUAAAUAUUUUAAUCGACUGACAGGACUAUUUUACGAUAAAACCAUAAUUAAAAAAAACAAAAUGGUCCUGCACAGAGGUUAUCGGACACCAUAUUUGUAGUUUUAUAUAUAUAUAUAUACACACACACACACACACACACACUACCAUUGAAAAGUUUGGGGUCACUUGACUGAAAUGUUUCUCAUGAUCUUAAAAAUAUUUUGAUCUGAAGGCGUAUGCUUACAUUUUUUAAAUUAGUUUUGUAGACAAAAAUAUAAUUGUGCCACCAUAUUAAUUUAUUUCAUUACAAAACUAAAAUUUAAUUUAAAAAAAAAAAAAAAAAAAGUUUUUGAAAUGGAUUACUUGGACCAGAUAAUAAAGAAAAGCAGCCAAUAAGUGCCCAACAUAGAUGGGAACUCCUUCAAUACUGUUUAAAAAGCAUCCCAGGGUGAUACUUAAGAAGCUGGUUGAGAAAAUGUACAUUUCUGCAAAAUCUAGGCAAAGUGUGGCCACUUUGAAGAUGCUAAAAUAUAACAUAAGGUUUGAUUUAUUUUGGAUUUUUUUUUUAGUCACAACAUAAUUCCCAUAGUUCCAUUUCUAUUGUUCCAUAGCUGUGAUGACUUUACUAUUAUUCUAAAAUGUGAAAAAAGAAUGAGUAAGUGACCCUAAACUUUUGAACGGUAGUGUGUGUGUGUGUAUAUAUAUACAUAUAUAUACAUAUAUAUAUAUACACACACACACACACACACACACAGGUGUAUAUACAGGUGCAUCUCAAUAAA